AUGGCGCCAAAGCUUCGAAUCCCAAAUCCAGCUGUAUCUCGCCAGCUCCCAAGAGGCAAGCCUAGCACCCCGUCGGCAAGUCGCGGACACAUGAAGAAGAAACGAGUAAUGGCCAGGACAGCCCUGCUGCCGACCCACCGGCCAAGCGACCGACCGACCGACCGACGGACCGACCGACUUGGCCUUAAAUUUCUGACGGAGUGGAGAUGGACACGAGAGUCGGCGCUUGGCCCAGGAUACAAUGUCCCGGUGUGGAUGGGCUAUCAUGCGUGGAUGAGGCGGAAAGAGGAGAGGAUAAUUGCAGGCCCGGCUAGACGAGGAAGCCGGCUCGUCUCGGCUGCUCCAGACAAAGGGCAGUUGGCAGUCAAUGUUGUUGUUGGGACGGAUGGGGCAAAUCGAGGGCCGAAGAAUGGGGAGUGGGCAUAA